AUGACGCGAUCGCUCGUGCACGCGUCGACGACGCCGAGGGCGUCGACUCGAGGAAGACUCCUCGCGCGCGACGGCGCGUCGAGCCGUCGCGUCGCGCGCGCGGCGUCGACGCGGCGGGACGCCCUCGUCCCGCGCGCGCUGCUCGCGAGAUCCGAGGAGAAGUCGACGCGCGCCUUGUACGACGGAGGCGGCGGCGGAGGCGGCGGAAACCGCGGCGGCGGAGGCGGCGGAGGCGGCGGGAACGACGACCGCGGCGACCGCGGCCGCCGCGUCGCCGCGCCGACCGCGCUCUUCGUCCUCGCGUCCUCGCUCGCGGCCCCCGGCGUCGCGCGCGCGGCGAGUCGCCGUUCGUCGAAAGCUCCGCCCGUCGGCGACCUCGCGACGUGCUUCGUCUACGGCUUCGCGUGGUUCUACUUCCUCAAGCUCCUCCUCAAGAACCUCUUCACGCCCGUGGCGUUCUUCCUGGGGACGAUGUGGAUCCUGACGCAGACGAACGCGCUGCCGAGAGAUCUCGGCCCGCGCGCGUACGACGCGUACGUGAAACCGUACGCGCCGAGGGAGUGGACCGCGCCGCGCGACGCCGACGAGGCGAACGACGUCGUGAAGCGGUGGGAGAGAAGGUUCUGGGACAGCGUGCACCGGAUACUUCCCGCGUCGGAUCACCCGCUCGCGGAGAAGGCGUUCUUCGUCGGCGUCGUGUUGGCGGGGCUCGUGUGA